GACUAAAACGCGUAAUAUCACAAGAAAAAUAUUGAUGCAUUUCGGGAAGCCACCUUUGAGUACGUGUGGGUGUUUAUAUUCUUGAUUUAUUCGUUGAUUAGUUGUCGCCAAAGUUUUUUUUUCAUCAAAAAGGAUUUAUUCAUUAACAAUGUCUCGGAUUCAAACCAUACCUGCUUUUUUUGUUUUGCUAUUAGUCUUUGACAGCUGUUAUUCACAAAAUCCGAAUAGUUUUCGAAGAGGACCGAAUUCAAGUUUUAAUAAUGGACAAGGAAAUAAUUUUGGAAACGGACCUCCAAACAGAGGAAACUCGGGUCCACCGGGACAGAGAAAUGACAAUGCAAGGUUAUCAGCGCAGCAAUUAGGGAUGUUUGGUGCACAGACUAAACAAAAUGGACGGAAUCCGUUUAGAAAUCAACCAUCCCCGAACUCAUGGGGAAAUGGAAAUUCAAACGGACAAAAUAGUAUGUCGCGGCCGCCAUUUCAACCAAACGCAAACGGGGGAGCAAAUCAAGGUCCUAACCAACUAAAUAUAGAAAAACUAAAACUUCGUUUAAAAAACGCACAACAGAGACUGCAGCAAAAUGCUCAGAGUAAUCCCAAUCAAAUCAGUCAACAGAACGCGCCGAACAAUGGAAACCCUGCUAACUUUAACAACCCAUCUGUAGCAGCAGGCCCGAACAGAGGGAACAUGAAUGCAAAUGUGCAACAAAACAUGAGAAACAUGCAAUUCCAGUUUCAAUCGAACCAGCAACAAAAUUCAAAUCCAUCCGUCAGGAACAUGAACAACAUGAACCAACAGCAACAGCCACAACAACCAGCUCAGCAACAACCUCAACCUCCUCAGCAGCCACCUCAACCUCCUCAGCAGCCACCUCAACCUCCUCAGCAGCCACCUCAGCAACAACAGCAAGGCAGGCCGAACGGCACGAUGGGGCGAAAUGCUGCGGGCAAUAAGAAUAUGAGCAGGGGAGGAGGGGCAGGAGGAGGAGGAGGGGCAGGCGGAGGAGGAGGAGGAGGGGGAGGAAGAGGAGGAGGAAACGUGAAUAAGGCAAAGAAAAACCGAGGAAAUAUGAAGAGGCCCAAAACAACGAAACCGGCAAAUAAUCCGAAUGGCAUGAAGUUAGCCCCGAAAAAAGUAUCACCAAGAAAAUUCUACUGGAAAACUCUCUUCCCAAGCGGAACUGCUUCCGAGGAGAAUGCGGAAGUCCUGUACAGCACUAAACUGGUUCUCAUCAACUCGGAGAACGCCCCAACAAUAGACGAAUUCAACAAAGGAGGCAUUCUAAUGGACUUCAAAAGAGGAAUGAUGGCCGUUCGAAUUGACGUAGUUCCCAGCACGGGCUUUCCUGGAAUGCCGUUUAAUGGACAAAGAGCAUGCUUUUUACUGAAAAACAUGACUACAUUCGAUCAAACUGUGAAGGAACUGCAUACUAGAGGAAAAACAAAGAGAAACCUGGAGCUCGGGGAGAUGAUCCACAUGGUGGCCGCGGAGAAAAAUCGUCUGACGGGACCGGAAGUGCGCCGGAGGGGUGGGGUUUUCAUCACCCGAUACUGUCAGGACGCCAUCAACAGCAAUAACGUGUUUCUCCUCCUGCCAGAGGCAGCAGUCGAGAUGAGUCCCAAAACUUUCCAAGUGUCGGGCCUGGUCCAUGCUAUGGAACCCUUGUACCCAAUUCCUGUCAACAUCGCUGUGGAAAUUACUAUAGACUUCGGACCUCCUCCCACUAUGACCCCCGCCAUGAACUUUAACCCCUCCACACCCGGAUGGGGAAAAGGCUGGGGAAACAGCGGCGGUUGGGGUUAAAUGUUAUUUUGCUAACUUAUUUGGUUUUAUGUUAUUAUUCUGUUUAUUUGAAUAAAAAACAUUAAAACUUAAAAGUAAA